GUUAUGAAUCAGCCAUUGAUAGCUGAAUAAGGAUUAUAUAUAGGAACAACUUAACAUUUCUAAAGACACCUCUUAUAUUGGAAAAGAUGGACUUAUUUCUAAUUCCUUUUUUUAAUGCUCUCAACUUUACUUGCAAUUUGUUAUAUUUCAGAAUAUAACUAUCAAAUAUAAAUAGAUUAUGUACCUAUUAUUGUAGCAACACAAAACUUAAUUCAAAUUAUUGUUUAUAUUAGAUGGAGAUGUGUUAUGAAAAACAAAGUAUUUUUAUAUUUUGAACUUUAGAAUAACUUUAUUAGAUGUUCACAAUACUUAAAUUAAUAAUCGACUGUCGAUUAUGAAUGGAUUGAUGAAUUUGAUAUCCAUUUUUGUAAAAAUAUUAUCACUUAUAAAAGAUUACAGAUACAACUCUUAUUCACUUAAUUUAUAAAUGCAAUUUAAAUUAGGUUAUCUCUUUCGAAUUUAUGUAAUUCUAAUUAAUAUCUACUAGAUGUAUACAUCCUAUUUAUAUGCAAUACCAGUAGUUUUUUGGUUGAUAACCAUCCCCUUAUUUAUUAUUUACACUGACUAAACUAACAUUAAUAAAUGGCAAUGUUUGACAUUCCUUAUCAUAACUCUUCUUGUAACAGGUUUUGAUUUAAUAGCUUUAUUCACCUACCCUUUUUAUUAUAUUCCAAAAUCUAUUCUUACUUAAUGCAGAAAAAAUAAAUAAAUUAAACCAUACAAUCCUUUAAAUUUUGAUUAAGAAAAUUCUUAAUGUGCUAUUUGUUUAAUUGAAUAUCAAAAAGGAGAUGUUAUAUUUAUCCUCCCAUGUAACUCUAAACAUUUCUUUCAUUAACGGUGCAUUAAAAAUUGGAUUCAAUAUCAAUCCAUCUGCCCUUUUUGUAGAGCAGAUUUUGAAUAUUUAGAAUGA